AUGCAGUUCCCCCCGGAUGAUAUACAAUCUCUUGUUCAGAAGAUUGCAGAUAUCCUUCUAUGCAGAAAUCAGACUCUCUCGGUCAGCGAAGGAGCAUGUGGAGGGUUAUUAAGCGCAUACCUCAUUUCUAUUCCAGGUGCAUCCAAAUUUUUUGAUGGUGGUAGGCUUAUAUACAGUUUAAGGUCGCGAUUAAGAUUAUCGGGCUGGAACUCUGAGCUCAUCAAGAGCUAUACAGGACCCAGUGAGACUGUAGCAAUCAAGUUUGCUAGAAAUCUAAGAAUAGAGUUUGGUUCCACCUACGUUCUAUCUGAAACCGGUUACGCCGGACCUUCUACUGAUGUGGGGGUUGAUCAUGUAAGGAUCACCUCUGAUGACGCUUCUGUUGGUACCGUAUAUUUAGGGGUUGCUGGACCAUACGGUGAUAGAUCGUGUACCCUGGAGACAAAUGUAGCCAAUAGGGCUGAAAAUAUGCAAUCCUUCGCCAAAUUCUGUCUCGAGUUUUUACUUGAAGUAGUUUUGGCAGACAAUGAUACUGAGGAUAAUGGCCACAGUAAAGAAAAAGAAUGA